CUAACAACAUGUAGUGGCGGUAGUAGUCGCAGCCCGGAGCGGGGGAUACAGCUAGCUUGUAGAUAAAUAGAUCAGUGUGUGCAUUCCUCUUCGUACGCGCGUUGUGAAGCAAGGUGGACGAUAGCCGAACCGAGACCAUACCAGCCAGCCUUCCUCCGUCUUGCUCUGACGCUAGCUAGCAAGCUUUAGGUUACAUGUACCACCAGAGUUUGUCUGCACUGCUGUUGGUCUAGAUAUUCUUCUAGCUCUCCGAUACGGUGCUUUCACUUUCCCGCUCUCCCGAUAAUAUUCUCUUGUGUUGCCUGCCUGCCUGCCUGCCAUUCGCUGGGCUGUGCGUGCUGCUGUGAUCGCAACAUUCUCCGAGUGACAAACGACUGAUAACCCAAAGAGUCUACGUAUAGACCAAUCAUGGCUUCACCCUCCAUCAAAUUGUGGUAUUUUGACUUCAAAGGGCGAGCUGAGGGCAUCAGGCUUCUGCUCUCUGCAGCUGGGAAACCAUUUGAAGACAUUCGAUUUAAGAGAGAGGAAUGGCCAACGUACAAAAAAGAUGCACCGUUUGGACAGUCGCCGUAUGUGGAAAUUGAUGGAGUAAAAUAUGGACAGAGCUUAGCUAUUUUGCAGUACUUUGCCAGGGAGUUUGGUUCACAUGAACCUCCUUCAGGUAAACAUUUCAAGUCGGAAAAAGACCAAGCAACUUCAUGUCAUUUUCCCUCAGAAUAUUUUUAAAAAACCAUUUUGAAUAACUCUUUUCCAGAUAAUUCUUGUUUUGAACCUCACUUUUCUUACUAUUACUAAAUCUAAAACGUAAUUUCUCUAUGGGGGUGUGUGGCGGCAUCCCCAUCCCCUCCCCUAAACACGAGCUGAGAAAGGGACCAUUCUUCAGAUAGGGGUUUAUAUAAUUACAAACUUUCUUAUUCAUAACUUCAUAAACAUUUUAAGAAAGCUUAUUCAGUUAUUCAGUUUGUACAGUGCUUUUUUAUCACCAAAAACAGUUCUGUUGGAAACCUGGUAUGGUUUCCAACAAUUACAUUUUAUUUCCUUGAGGGGGGGGUUAUAAAUUUUCAUAAAACAGCAAAUAAAACUGAACCAAACACCCUCUUUAUCCUGAAAGAUAUAUGAUAAAGAAAAAGGUCUAGACUGCCAAUGCUUCAUGCUCAUUGUUAAA